AUGCCGGUCGUCAAAGGAGGUGUCUGGACCAAUAUUGAGGACGAAGUCCUUCGAGCGGCGGUCUCGAAGUAUGGUCUAAACCAAUGGGCGCGUGUGUCUUCGUUGUUGGCAAGAAAGACCCCGAAGCAAUGUAAAGCGCGCUGGGUUGAAUGGCUCGAUCCCGGUAUUAGGAAAGUGGAAUGGUCUCGGGAAGAGGAUGAAAAGUUGUUGCAUCUGGCCAAGUUGAUGCCAACGCAAUGGCGGACGAUUGCACCGAUCGUAGGUCGCACGGCAACUCAGUGCCUAGAACGUUAUCAAAAACUUUUGGAUGAAGCGGAGGCCCGUGAGAACGAUGAGCUCGGCUUGGGAGGCCCUGGCGCGGAAAGCGCUGCCCCAAGUGCGGACGACGUCAGAAGGCUAAGACCCGGUGAACUAGACCCCGACCCAGAAUCCAAGCCCGCCCGCCCGGAUACUAUCGAUCUUGAUGAAGAUGAGAAAGAAAUGUUAAGCGAGGCCCGAGCGCGUCUCGCAAAUACGCAGGGUAAAAAGGCGAAGCGUAAGGCUCGAGAACGACAGCUUGAAGAAUCACGACGACUCGCUGUGCUUCAGAAGCGCCGUGAACUGAAAAACGCCGGCAUCAAUAUCAAGGUUGUUACGCGAAAACAGGGCGAAAUGGACUAUAAUGCGGAUAUUCCGUUUGAAAAGCCAGCGGCACCUGGGUUCUAUGAUACUGGCGAAGAGGAGGCCCGCAAUGAGAGACAGCGUGAAAUGUUCGAUCCUCGAAAGCAACAACUAGCGAACAAACGCAAAGGAGACCAAGAUGAAGACGCUGAACGGAAGAAGAGGAAGAAUGAUAAGAACAGUAACUCUGCUGCUUUUGCGGCUGCUGCCCGGGCAGGCCAGAUGCAAAAGAUCAGAGAAGCGGAGCAAAGCAGCAAGCGGAGAGCAUUAGUCCUUCCCAGCCCCCAAGUCAGUGAAAGCGAAAUGGAGGAUAUCAUCAAGAUGGGUAUGGCAGGAGAUAAGGCCAGCAAGAUGGUGGGAGAAGAAGAAGGAACCCGAGGACUACUUGGAAACUACUCCGCCAUGGUUGGAGGGACACCAAUCCGAACACCUAGAGCCCCCCCGGAGGAAGAUCACAUUGCAAAUGAGAUUCGAAAUAUCAGGGCCUUAACGGAAACCCAAUCUUCUCUUUUGGGUGGUGAAAAUACACCCCUGCAUGAAGGAGGAUCUUCUACAGGUUUCGACGGCAUCGCUCCCCGCCGUCAGGAGAUUGUCACACCGAAUCCCAUGGCUACACCUUUUAGGCAAGGGAACGCGGUUGGUGCAACACCUGUGCCAGGAGGUGUCGGGCCUGGGGCUACUCCACUACGGACUCCUCGCGAUCACUUUUCACUAAACAAGGAGAUCGACGGUGGUCAACUCAUUGGAAGCACGCCUAAGGACAUGAAGAUACAAGAGAACCUCGCGCGGCAAAGCAUCCGCGGUAGGUUGGCAGCGCUUCCAAAGCCUAAGGAAACCGAGUGGGAGCUCGAAGAGCUGCCCUCUGAAACGGCGGAGCCAACUGCAAUGGCAGAAUACUCAGAGGAGGAUGCGGCAGAACGAGACAGGAAAGAAAGGGAGGCCCAGGCCAAAGCUGCAGCAGCUGAGCAUAAACGCCAGACACAGGUCUACCAACGCGCACUCCCUCGACCAGUUGUGCUCGAUAUCGAUACAUUAAUGGAGCGUGUGUCGCAUGUAACAGACCCAAUUCCUAACUUGAUUGCUAAGGAGGCGGCCCUUCUUAUCGCCAACGAUGCAAGCAAGUUCCCUGUUCCUGGCGCCAAAAUCGGAGGCAAAGCCCGGAAACUGGAGCGGCUCGAUGACCGAUGGUUAGAAGAAGCUCGUGCGGCCAUUACAGCUGAGGUGUCAUCCGGAAAGAUGCAGGAGUGGGCGGUUGAGUUCGACACCCAGUGGGGCUCUACUCGUUCGAACACUCUACCUGGUCUUUCUAACUACGUUGACGAGGACGAGGACCCAUAUCAGCAAGAACAGCGGAUGAUUGGCGUCUUUGACAAUGUACAGGCAUCUCUACUCGCAACUGCAGAGCAGGGAAAUAAACUUGAAAAGAAGCUGGCACUGCAUUACGGUGGAUAUCAAAACCGGGCGAAGACACUACGGACAAAGGUCACGGAAGCCCACACAGCCCUGGAUAAGUCGAAGAAUGAACUAGACGCUUUUCGCACACUCCAGAUAUCAGAAGAGGCUGCGAUUUCAAGGCGACUUGAGAAACUACGGGAGGAUGUCGCCUUUGUCAUGCGCAGAGAACGAGAGGCUCAGGAACAAUACCGAUCGAGAAAGGAGGAGCUGGACGAACUGGUUGCUGGCACAGGAGGCAUGACUGAGGAUUGUUUCCCGAUCACAAUGGGCGUUAGAGAUUCUCACGGGGAGGCCACCGGGACCCCGGACCCCGUUGAGAAGGGGUUCGCCACCCUCAACACCAUCAGAAUCGGUGUGAAGGCCAUGGUCCACAAGGAUGGAGAGUUAAGAAAAGCAGAGAUUCUGUCUAUAAAGCAGCGGAAAGAUGGCCUUGCUUUCUACGUCCAUUAUGUUGAUUUCAACAAACGACUUGACGAAUGGGUCGCUUCUUCUAGACUCGACCUGUCUCAGGAAGUUGAAUGGCCCCAGCCUGAGAAACCUGAAAAGAAGAAGACCGGCCCUGCCAACAAAGCUCCAAGCAAGAAUAAGCGUGCUAGAGCUGGUAGUCGUGAUGUCUCUGCAACCCCAGACCUUCUCACGGGCAAAAAUGCCAAUGUGGGAAAGGUACAGAGACCAUCGAAAGCAGGCGGAAAGGAGAAUCGUGGCGAUGAAACACCCGUGAACUUGUUUCUAUUGGGUUCAGAAGCGGUAUCUGCAGAUGGGACCCCGAAAGCCGACUCCGAGGACAUUGAUAUGAUGGAUGUUAGCUUCACUGAUGCAAAAGAAAUCAAAGAGGAGGAACGGGCACUAGGGCUGCCGUCGCGUGAAGAAGAGAUCGAGAGGUUGCGUACUAGUGGCAGUAUGACACAGAACCCGACUGAAAUUCACCGAGUGCGAAACCUUGAUCGACUACAGAUGGGCAAAUACGAUGUUGAGCCGUGGUACUUUUCUCCGUAUCCUGCUUCCUUCUCCGACGCAGAGGUGGUGUACAUCGAUGAGUUCUGUCUGAGCUACUUCGACAACAAGCGCGCAUUUGAGCGCCACCGCACCAAGUGUACACUCACACACCCUCCUGGCAACGAAAUCUACCGAGAUGAUAACAUCUCAUUCUUCGAAGUAGACGGCCGCCGACAGCGAACAUGGUGUCGCAACCUUUGUCUUCUCAGCAAACUCUUCCUUGACCACAAGACCCUUUACUACGAUGUCGACCCUUUCCUCUUCUACUGCAUGUGCACUCGGGACGACACCGGGUGCCACCUUGUUGGUUACUUCUCCAAAGAAAAAGAUUCCGCGGAAGGCUACAAUCUUGCGUGCAUUCUGACACUGCCGCAAUACCAACGGCGCGGUUUUGGAAGGCUCCUUAUCUCCUUCAGCUACGAACUCAGCAAGCGAGAAGGGAAGCUCGGCUCCCCAGAGAAACCUCUCAGUGAUUUGGGAUUGCUGGGAUAUAGACAAUAUUGGCGUGAAACGCUCGUCGACAUUCUCACAGAUCCUGGGCGCGAGGCAGUGAGUGAGAACGACCUCGCGGUGUUGACAUCAAUGACCGAGAAGGAUGUCCAUGAGACGCUGGCUAUAUUCAAAAUGCUUAGAUAUCACAAUCUAACAAGCUCACAGAAAGGAAACUGGGUCAUUGUACUCACCGACCAAGUCAUUGAAGAGCGCAACAAGCGUAUAGAGAAGGAAAAAAUCAAGGGAUCUCGCAAGAUUGAUCCGACACGACUUCAAUGGAAGCCGCCAGUGUUCACGGCUUCCAGCCGAACCUGGAACUGGUAG